AAAAAAAACUAAUCCUUUCCUUUUUUUAAUAGAAACUUUUUAAGGUCGAUAGGGUUUUCUUUUUUAAGAUGUGGAUUGAGGUGUCCCCAUCCCAUGGGUGAUGAUGUUACUUGUGGAUUAGUAAAUUUGGUUGACUAUGAAAUCUGUGGAAAUUCUUCACAAAUUUGACGACCCCUUUAAAAAGCCAAAAAAAUUAUCAUUCUCUUUACUUCUUUUCAAUAUGCUUGCUUGGCUUCCACAUUGAUGAAUUAGACCAAAGAAGUAAUCAUUUUUUGGUUUGCAUGCCGUAUUGAACCUGACGAGUCAAGGAGGAGAGGGGGUUGUUUCCGUUUCAUUUUCCCGGUUAAAUUUGUGAGAAUCGUAACCGAAACCUAAUGACAAGCGUUACAGGAGGGAGGGAGUAUAUGAUUGAUAUCUCUCUUCUCCCAAAUCAAAACACGGGUUCUUCAUUUCCUCAAUACUCUUCUCCAUUUCCAACAAAAAAAGAAAUUAAAAAGCCACAAAAUAAAAAAAGAGUGAGUGAUGAAAUUGUUACCUAAUUUUGUUGGGACUUUUAAUUGCCUGUCAUCGGAAUCUCUUGCCGUUAUCUCAUUCUUCUUCUAUUACUUAUGAGAGGAGGGCAAGCUGGAUGAAACAGGUCAUGCAUAGUUUCAUGGAUCAUUUGUGACUUUUUUUCGCUGCAAUCAGCAGCUGCGUCUUUUUGUCACAGAUUGUUUCAUAUGCUACAUAGAAUCUGCAUUUUCUGAAAUCUGCAUUUUGGGAAAUGGCACAAUCAAGAAGCUAAAGUUGGCAUUGUUUGUCUUCUCUCUGUUCACUAAUAUUGUCACCUGUAUAGGUAUAUAGGACUAGCAACAGAGCAAACAGAAAAUGGUCAAAACUUGUUCUCAGCGGAUCAAGCCGAUGAGUGCCGUAGAUGCAGUUGACUUGCGGUCUAGAGUCUCUGUCAAAUCUAUCCGGUAUUGUAAAACAAUUAGCAAGUACCUAGCAGAGCUGCAGUUAUCUGAAUCAAGAAAGAAUCCAUCACUCGUAGUAUGUCCUACUAUGGAGACAACAAUGAAGUUGUAUUCGAUGGAUGCAAGGAGUUUUAGACGUUCCCUCCUCAACACUAUUGAUCCAUCUCAAAGAAGCCAUGAGGAGUCCAUGUACAUGAUAUCAUCCUCUAACGGAAUCAUCUGCUGUGUAAAUACAAUUUGUGACGAAGACGUAGAAAACAAGUUUUGUCAUCUGCAGAUAUGGAUAUGCAACCCUUGUACGAGGGAAACUCUCCUUCUUCCCCAAGGGAGACCCUCAUUUGGGAUUGAACCAAGUGUCGGAGUGGCUUAUGGCUCCGACAUUAGUGACUAUAGAAUUUUCCGUAUAUUCUGCGUUAGAAAGGAAAUUCCUAAAGAAAAGGUGACCGUAAAGGGAUAUUAUUUUCGAGAAGGUCAAGUUGUUUAUGCUUUAGCAUUUGAAUGUGAGGUGUAUUCGUCCAACAAUGGUUCUUGGAAAAACAUCGGCUCUGUGCCUUGCGUUCCUAUGUGUUCUGGUCUUAGGCCAUACAGAACUGGUCAUAUUUUUGUUGGAGGUAAAAUAUACUGGCUGGUAUCUUUAGAUGAGCCAGGUGAGAUCCUCUCAGUGGAUUUGGAAGGGAGAUUCGAGGUUAUAAACUUGCCCGAGUAUAAAGAUGUUAUAAACGAAGAAGACAAGAUCACAGAGGCGACACAUCUGAUUAUUUUUCAAGGAUCUUUAGCAUUGCUUGUUCUACAUCCAAGCGAGAUGGAUAUUUGGGUCUGGAAAGACGACGGUGAUAAAUAUAGUUGGGACCUUGUACUGACGAUUAAAACUCCAAUCAGGGAUGAAGAACUGGUUUUAUCUGUUACUUCAUUAAAGAACAAUAUCAUAUGUGUGACUGAGACACACUGGCGUAUAUAUGAUGUGGAGACUAAAAUCUGGAGGAAGAGAAGGGGCCCUCGUACUGGAUUUAGGAAUCCGGCUGUAUUCCCAUUCACCGAAAGCAUUCUUCCAUGUAAUGGUGGUGUAGGACUGUAGAUGGAACAUGAAGAGUAUCUGAUGCAGAGAUUGUUGAAUUGGAAGGCUAUGUGUUUCUCUCAGGAGCUGUCAUAUUGGUUUGGGGUUUAAUACUUUUUUGUUUGUGUCAGA